UCACCUCAUAUCACAUAUAUGUGCGAUAACAAACAAAAUUACACAAGCCAUUCCUUGUGGCAUUAUGAGAGAUACCAGGUUUCAAUAUCAUUAAUUAAAUGAAGGCGAUAUUACUGCUUUACCGGUUUACGGCAGUAUAAAAUUCCAUAUAGUACGAUAUAUCGCGGUAGCCUUAAAAAAAACCCCGGUUUAUGCGAUACUCCCGGGAGUUUCCGUCAGUUUGUUCGGAAAUGAUCGUAUACGGCAUUUCGGUCUAUAAUUUUAUUUCAUUUAUUAUUAUUAUUUGAAGUAUCUCGCCUGGAAUUAUUAUUAGGAGAGCAAUAUUACUUCCAUUGAUUUUCAAAUUGACAAGUCGAGUGUUAGUUUCGGUUUUAUUGAUUAUUAUUAUUUAUUUUAUUAUUAUUAUUAUUUUUUUAAUUUCAGUACCUUCUGUCUUCGAACUACAACUAAGACAUGCAAAUGUCCAACAUUUAUUCCUUCUUAGUUUAUAAGACACGCUAGUCAGGAAAUCAUACGUUCUGAUCCAUGCUGGUCAAAAACAACACGUGUGUACCAAACGUGAAGUGAAGACAUCCAGCAGAAACCCAGUAUGCGGUUCAAGUGUCAGUUCUGCUAUAAGUUUCUUAGAAGUAAAUCUAGUCUAGAACUACACACGCGCGUCCAUACUGAAGAAAGACCUUUUAGAUGUGGGAUGUGUUUAAAGGAUUUCAAUUUCAAGAGUAACAUUAUACGACACAUGGAGAUCCACGCCGAUACAGACCGUUUCAGCUGUGAUAUGUGCGAAAGAACCUUCACCAGCCAUUGUAAAUUGAUGAGGCACAUGUUUAACCACACUGGCGAAAAGCCUCUGAAGUGUGAGGUCUGCAGCAAACGUUUUCUGAUCGGAUGCAGAUUAAAACAGCAUGCUGUAAUUCAUGAAAAACCUUUCAAAUGCGGUAUCUGUUCAGAAUCAUUUAGACAGAAUGUCAGUUUGGAAAGACACAAUGAAAUGCUUCAUUCGUUAGCGCGACCUUUCAAAUGUGAGCUGUGCGGUAAAGGAUUCACUAGCAAUGGCUUCUUAAAACGGCAUGUGUUACUUCACACUGAUGAGAAACGUUUCAAAUGUGAUAUCUGUUCAAAAUCGUUUAGACACAGUUUCAUUUUGGAUAGACACAAUAAAAUGUUUCAUGAUUCGCGCGAGAAACUAUUCAAAUGUGAAGUGUGCUCAAAAGGAUUUAAACAUAGUUCUCGUUUGAAAACUCACCAACUGAUUCAUUAUGGCGAAAGACCUUUCAAAUGUGAGUUGUGCACCAAAACAUUCGGAAGCAUUGGCUUCUUAAAACGGCAUAUGUUACUUCACACUGAUAUGAAACCUUUCAAAUGUGAUAUGUGCACAGAGUGUUUUACAGAGAGUUCCACUUUGAAAAGUCAUAUAUUGCUUCAUUAUGGUGAUAGUAAUUCAAAUGUGAUGUGUGCACAAAAUGAUUUACAAGCAACAGUGACUUGAAACAGACUGAUACACGAUGUAUGGUGAUUCGUGAUAACAGUGGGAAAACCUUCAUAUAUUUUACGAAGAUCUCUACCUUGAUUCGUC